AUGCCGCCGAUCAAGGAUCUGAGUAGGAGAAAGAGGAAGGGGGUACAAAAUGAUGAGAGUGUGGAGGAAGAGAAAACUGUGAAAUUGGGCAAACCAAAAAGGAGGAGAAAACCACUGCAAGAUGGGGGGGCAACUGAGGAAGUUGAAAGGGACAAGAGUGAAGGGGGAAUUGAGAAAAUUGGAGGAGGAGGAUAUUCCCGUACAAUCAUCUUGCUAAUCCGUUUUAUUGGGGAUGGUUGGCGCUUGGGUUGUCGAUUGAUUUUACAGGCGAAGGAGGACGAGCGUAACACGUGUCACCAGUGCAAGAGGAAUGAUAAAGGAAGAGUAGUACGCUGCACCAAGUGUCUCACUAAGCGAUAUUGUGUCCCUUGCAUGACUAAAUGGUAUGAGACUCUUUUUGCUUUUGGAGUUCAUUUUUACUUGUAUCCUCAGAUGCCGGAAGAGGCUUUUACUGAAGCUUGCCCUGUUUGUUGUAGCAAUUGCAAUUGCAAGAGUUGCUUGCAAAUGGAUGGUCGAAUUAGGUAUUCAGAUUCAAUGUUUUUGUAUUGCAUGCAGGAUUUAAAAUUAUUAACAUUGAAAUAUGGCCAUGAAGAAAAGAUGGAGUACUCUAGAUACAUGCUGCAAAGGCUUCUGCCCUUCUUAAAACAGUUCCAUGAAGAACAAAUGGUCGAGAAGGAAAUGGAGGCUAAGAUAAAAGGUAUUUUCUUUUCCGGAUUCUUGACCGAAUAUACUGGUAGAUCUCAUCAUGACUCUUAUUUUCCAAUAACGAAUUCGCUCAGGUUUCAAAAGAGUCAUUAUUCUAUGAAUUUGUGCAGUAACAACUGUAAAACAUCUAUUGUUGAUUUUCAUCGAAGCUGCCCAAGGUGUUCCUAUGAUCUGUGCAUCACAUGUUGUCGAGAGAUUCGAGAGGGACAUUUGCAGGGUGGGGAUGAAGAAGUGGUCAUGCAUUAUGCAUUUCGUGAUUCAAGUUACUUCCACAAUGACAAUUGUCACACUGCGCAUCAUAGUAAGAACGCUUCUCCUAUUAAUAACAAUGAACCUUCUUCUGAAGUUAAAGCUGAGAUGAAAUCUGCAUGGAGAUCUGUAGAGGUUGGUAUCAUUCCAUGUCCACCACAAUGGUUUGGGGGUUGUGGUGAAGGAAUUCUGGAAUUGAAGUGUAUUUUUCCAGAGAAUUGGGUCUUGAAGUUGCUGUCCAGAGCAGGAGAACUGGUGAAGGGACAAGAUUUUGAGGACUUGCCUAAAACUUGCGAGGAAUGCCCGUGUUUGAACUUCUUUGGUGAGAAUGUAAUGGCUAGUGAUAAAUUGUGCAGAGCAGCUUCUAGGCAAGAUUCGAGGGACAAUUUUUUGUACUGUCCAACAGCUAAAGACCUGCAGCAUGAUGAUAUGAAACACUUUCAAUUGCACUGGCUCAAAGGUGAGCCUGUGAUUGUUAAUGGCGUGCUAGAAACUACAUUAGGCUUGAGCUGGGCACCCAUGGUUAUGGCGCGUGCUUUUCGUCAGAAUAGAAAGAAAGAAAAUGAAGUUCUAGUUGAUGUGACUGCAAUAAACUGCUUGGACUUGUGUGAGGUUGUCAUAAAAAUCAACCAGUUUUUCAAAGGGUAUUUAGAGGGUCGGUUUGACAGUUAUUCUUGGCCUGAGAUUCUCAAGUUGAAAGACUGGCCUCCUUCUAACUUGUUCGAGGAGAGCUUACCUCGUCAUGGUGUUGAGUUUAUCAGAUGCUUGCCCUUUAAAGAGUACACACAUCCUCACGAUGGCUACUUAAAUCUUGCUACUAAACUGCCAAAGAUUUCUCUGAAGCCAGAUAUGGGGCCAAAGACAUAUAUUGCUUAUGGAGUUGCUCAGGAAUUGGGGCGGGGUGAUUCUGUAACAAAAUUACACUGUGAUAUGUCUGAUGCAGUACGUCCUCUUAUGGUGAAUGUGUUGACACAUGAACAUGGGGUGACACUUAGACCUAAGCUGCUUCGUACCAUUAAAAUCCUGCAAAUGAAGCAUGCUGAACAGGAUGAAACGGAAAUGCGUGGCAGUAAACAGAUAUUGAAUAUAAUGGAUGAAAACAGUGAAAAAACAGGAAAUCUUGGAGAAUCUGUUGGAAAAUCAUCCGUGAAAACUUCGAUGUCGAAAAAAAAGGGCGGUAAUAGCAGUGGGAAGAAUAAAGCUGAUACCUCAGAUGAGGCGGCAAGUGUUAGAGACCCUGAAGGUGGUGCUCUAUGGGAUAUUUUUAGGAGGCAAGACGUACCAAAACUGGAGGAAUAUGUGAGGAAGCACUUGAAAGAAUUUAGGCAUAUCUAUUGUAAUCAAUUGUCGCAGGUUGUCCACCCUAUUCAUGAUCAAACGGUUUACUUGUCUAUGGAGCAUAAGAGGAAACUUAAGGAGGAGUAUGGAAUCGAACCAUGGACAUUUGUCCAGAAAUUAGGUGAUGCUGUUUUUAUACCUGCUGGCUGUCCCCAUCAAGUUAGAAAUUUAAAGCCUUGCAUAAAGGUGGCUCUUGACUUCGUCUCACCAGAAAAUGUCCAAGAGUGUCUUCGAUUGACACAGGAAUUCCGUGUUCUUCCACAAAAUCAUAGGGCUAAGGAAGACAAGUUAGAGGUGAAGAAAAUGGCUCUUCAUGCAAUUGAAAAAGCUGUGGAUCAUUUGGAGAUAUUUUCUGGCCCGAACUAGAACUGGCAAGUUUUUUAACUCUAGCCUUGACUUCUUCUGCCAAAAUAGACCUCUUUGAUCUU